ACCAUUUUCUAUAAACUAAAAUAACAAAAAUCAUUAGGCAAAUCCUAGAAGAAGGGAUUUCAGUCAUUUGAAGUCAUGUGGUCAAAUUUCUAGUUGAGAUCACAGAAUAAAUUCCCUAAAGAAUAAGAAAAUAAUAAUAAUGAUAAUAAUAAGUUUGAAAGAAAAUCUCUGCCAAGAUACAGGAGCACAAGAGAGCCCCUGGUUUACAACUUCUAUAUACACAAACAAUAUAAAUAAUAAUGAUGAUGAUAAAAACAAAUAACAAAUAAAGAAAUAAAUUCCAUCUCUCUCUCUCUCUCUCUCUCUCUCUCUCUCUCUUCAAUGACUGACUUGCCUUUUGUUUAACAUAAAUUAUGGGUUUAAAUCAGACAAAAUAAAUGCUUUGGACCUCAGAAGAAAGAGACCACAAAGUUCAUAUAAUUUUUUUUUUCCCAAAUUCACAUCACAUGCUAUUGAAUCUCUCUCAUUUCAUCUCUAGCAUUGAUCACUAUUUAAGCACUUCCAUACAUUUCAACUCUCUCCAUCUUCAGAAAAAAGAAAACAAAAAAAGUACAUUACAUUCUAUUCUCUCCAACUCCCCUUCCAAAAUUUGUCCACUUUCUUUUCUCUUUUCCUAUCCAACUUAGUCUAAACAAGAGAGACAAAUAUUAUUAUGAUGAAUAAUACCUGUAUCAGUAUUCCUCCAUUGGCUCAGACCAUUGAUGGUGAUCACUUCUUUGAUCAUCGGUGUAUAUGGGUCAAUGGGCCGGUGAUCGUCGGAGCAGGACCAUCUGGAUUGUCAGUAGCAGCUGCUCUCAAACAACAAGGUGUCCCGUUUGUCGUUGUUGACCGAGCUGACUGCAUUGCCUCUCUUUGGCAACACCGGACCUAUGAUCGUCUCAAACUUCACCUUCCAAAGCAAUUCUGUCAACUUCCCAACUUCCCUUUCCCAGAGGAGUUUCCUGCUUACCCCUCCAAGUUUCAGUUCAUUUCCUACUUGGAAUCCUAUGCCAACCAUUUUGAUAUCACCCCACGUUUCAACGAAACAGUGAAGUCAGCCAAGUAUGAUGAAACUUUUGGCCUGUGGCGAGUCAAAACCCUUUCGUUGAGUCCAAAGCCGACCCAAGUCGAGUACAUUUGCCGAUGGUUGGUCGUUGCCACUGGAGAGAAUGCUGAGAAGGUCGUGCCAGAGUUUGAAGGGAUGGAGGAGUUUGGUGGCCAUGUUAUGCAUGCUUGUGAGUACAAAUCCGGUGAGGCUUAUCUUGGGAAACGGGUGCUUGUCGUCGGGUGUGGGAACUCCGGCAUGGAAAUUUCACUUGAUCUUUGUAACCAUGAUGCCAAGCCAUCCAUGGUGGUACGAAGCUCGGUUCAUGUAUUGCCAAGAGAAAUACUUGGAAAAUCAACUUUUGAAGUAGCAAUUUCACUAAUGAAAUGGCUGCCACUUCAUAUGGUGGACAAGAUGCUGCUGAUCAUUUCCAGACUUGUUCUUGGGAACAUUGAGAAGUAUGGACUCAAAAGGCCAUCAAUGGGACCGUUGCAACUUAAGAACACUGCCGGAAAGACACCCGUGUUGGAUAUUGGAGCGCUGCAGAAGAUAAGGGCCGGCGAGAUCAAGGUGGUGCCCGGAAUAAAAAAAUUCUGGAGAGGUGCAGUGGAGCUGGUCAAUGGAGAAGUUCUAGAGAUUGAUUCUGUAAUUCUAGCUACUGGCUAUCGCAGCAAUGUUCCAUCUUGGCUCAAGGAAAAUGAGUUCUUUUCCAGUGAUGGAAUUCCAAAAAGUCCAUUCCCAAAUGGGUGGAAAGGCAAAGCUGGACUCUAUGCUGUUGGGUUCACAAGAAAAGGCUUAUCAGGAGCUUCAUUGGACGCCAUUAAUGUAGCUCAGGACAUUGCCAAGAGCUGGAAAGAAGAUACUAAACAAAAGAGAAAAUCAGUGGCAGCUCGCCACAGAAGAUGCAUUUCACAUUUCUAAUAUAAAAGGGCGGCCUUUAUCUUAAGAACAGUAACCCAAAAAAAAAAAAAAAAAAAAAAAGCAAAAAAAAAAACACAUUAGCAGAGCCCUCUCCCCACUCCAAAAACAAAAAAGGAAAAAUAUAAUUCCCAACACAGUAAAAUAGUUAUGAAUUUCUUUCUGUAUAAAGGAAGAUGAGGCUUAUUGUUUUUUUUAUUCUUUUCUAUUAACUCUCUCUCUGGAUCUACCUUAUUGUAAUUGAAAUUGAAAUUGAAAUUUUUCUUUCCUUUCUCUGUUGUAAAUCCAACACAAGGUGGGCCACUUAAGAAAUGGUAAGAAGUGAAUCCACAAGGUGGGCCAAUUAAAUGUGCUCCAAAGUGAAUCCACAAUGGGCCCACUAACAAAAAUGUGGCCCCUCAAGUCCAUGAUUCCCCCCAACAUAACAAAUCUCCACUAGGGGAUCCCAGUCUUGGUCUCACAAUGGAAAAAAAAAGGAAAAGAAAAAAAAAGGUUUCAGGGUUUUCUGUCUCCAUGUUGCUUUGCACAUGGUCUGAGCAGAGAAGUGUAAACCUUAUCUUAGUUUAUACAUGUGAAGAAAUCUCUGUUACCACUACAACUUUUCAACUGUAAUAAAGUUACAACAUUCAAGUUUCAAACCAAUCAGUACCUGCUAAUUGCUUAUGCUCUCUCUUUUUUACUCUGCUUGAAACUAAGAAUCCAUAUGCACUCUUUCUUCAUUAUACACCUAACUUAUACUUGUGACAAGCCAAACAUCAGAAUUCACAGCCAAUGUUAUGCUGUAAUCUUGUUAAAGCAACAGCAUAAUGAAAAUAAGCUAUAACAAAUCGGACUGCAUAUAUAGUUGUACAUUGUAAACUGGAUGCUUUGUGUUUCUAAAGCCUUAAUAAGUAAGACAAGACAAUUCACCUGUAGGGAAGGUAAAGGAGAAGACAACCCAUAUGACUCCCCAUGCUGUUGAUUCAACCAAACAUAGUGCUAUAACUCCAUGGCCCAUUUAAAUGUUCUUUCUUCUUCAGCACCACAAACUCAAAGCUUUGCAGAAAGAAUUUGUAAUUCGACCCGAUUGUGAUCCUUCGUGAACAUGUU